AUGGCGGACACAAUCACAAUCCCGUCCCCAUCUGUCUUCCUUCGUGCCUCGCCAGACCCUGUUCCUCGGCUAGAUAACAGACAACAAGUACUUCACGACGACCCAAAUAAACCGGCUCCAAAGAAGCGGAACACGACGAGAAAAAAGUCAACAGCGUCUACAACAAAACCACGUCGAGAGGGUGCCGCUGUAGCUAAGCCCAAGCAGUCGAAAAGUCGUAAUGGCUGUGUCACCUGCAAAGCAAAACGCCUGAAAUGCGACGAGAAGAAGCCUGGUUGCGAGCAGUGCAAGAAGAGAAACGUGGACUGCGGAGGUUACAAGAAGGACUUCAAGUGGAGGCCCUUCGAAGAAACCAACGUUGCCACGAACAUUGCCAAACAGAACAACGGAUCUUUGAUCGUGCUGGGAAGCGCAGCUGACGGUUCUGGCAAACGAAGCCCAGCCUCACCGCCAUCUAGAGCCGGGUCAUCCGAAGCACCCGUUCAAUUGUCUUCCUCAUUCGCACAGCAACUAUUCGUUGCACCACCCGAUCCACCACGAGCAUCUUCUGCAGAGAAGGACCGCCUUGUCCAAAUUUCCUCGAGAACCUCACCUGCUGAAGCACAAGCCGAACCGGGCGCAUCACCAACCGACUCUGCGAACGACGCAGGGACAUCGUCUCAAGCCUCGCCCCAUAGUAACUCCAUCGCCGAUGCUCAGCCAAAAGAGAAUGUCGUUACAUCAAAUACAAUGCCGGGCACUAAAGAGGUCUUUGACUUUGACAUGAACUUCAUGGACGAGUUCUUGAACAUGACAGACCCCCCGCUCAUGGAUGAGAUGGACACAGACUUUGAUAAAAACAUGGGAGGACUUACACCAAUUGUGCCCGACUACGAUGCAUGGGCAUUGCAGCUCUCGCAUUGUCCGACUUUCCAAGACGACACCUCCAUAUCGAGUCCGCCUGCCAUGGUUUUCCCUCAAAGAAUCACUUACAUGUAUGAGCAGCCUUCGCUUGCACAAACCAGUCCAGAGAUGUUGAUGCUCCGCUUCGACCGACUGACUUGUGGCAUCCUUUCAAUCAAGGACGGGCCAAACGAGAACCCAUGGCGCACAUUGAUCUGGCCAAUGGCACAGACUUCACCAGCUCUGUACCACGCCAUUUCCUCAAUGACGGCGUUCCACUCCUCUCGUGACAUCCCCGCGUUACGUGUGGCAGGACAUGAGCACAAGAGCGAGAGCGUACGAAACCUGCUUGAGGGCAUCGAGGAAAGCACCAUGAACCUUGACACUGCCAUUGCCACUACAUUGGCCUUGGCCUUUGCAGAGACUUGGGACCAACACCUCUCGAGUGGCAAUGACCAUAUCCAGGGUGCUCGCGCCAUGAUCAACAUUGCUCUCAAUCAGCACAAGCAGUCGCCCUUGACAGGUUUGAAUCUUGCUAGACUCAAGUUCCUGGCCAACGCUUGGGUUUACCUCGAUGUACUCUCGCGUGUAACGACAGCAGACGAGGAUACAUCUGAUGAUUACGAUAACCUUUACUGCCUUUACAGCACACCUGAAAGCCCGCAAGUCGGCCCGUCAGGACACGCAGGGUUUGGUAUCGAUUUUGGCUUGCCGAUAGACUCCAACCUUGACCCUCUGAUGGGCUGUGCAAGCACUUUGUUCCCACUGAUUGGUCGUACAGCGAACCUCAUUCGUCGUGUGUAUCGUGCCGAGUCGAACUCGCCUCCCAUGAUCAGUCAAGCGAUGGAACUCAAGCUCAUGCUCGAGACCUGGGAACCACCAGCUUUCAUUGAGCCGCCAGAAGAUCCCACAUGUGACGUCCGCCAUGCUUUGCAGACAGCAGAGGCAUAUCGCUGGGCUACACUCUUGUACCUACACCAAGCACUUCCUGAGAUUCCUGAACGCCUAACUACAGCGGACAUGGCAAAGAAAGUGCUUGUCUUCCUGGCCACAGUACCUCUUGCCAGUCGGUGUGUCAUCAUUCAUGUCUACCCUCUGUUCAUGGCUGGCUGUGAAGCAGAUGUAGAGGAGGACAGACAGUGGAUCAAGAGUCGUUGGGCUGCCAUGUCACAACGCAUGAGAAUCGGCAUCAUUGACAAGUGUGUCGAUGUGAUGGAAGAGGUUUGGCGUAGAAGGGAUGAGUACAAGAACAAGGUUCUGCCUGUACGACGAAGUCUUGUUGCGACUGCAGACUUGCAACCGCCUGGCGGCAAUCGCAACCACAGACCUUCGUCAGACAGACGUGGAUCGUCAUUCAACAGCAUUGCAGGUGCAAGCGAGGGUACCAUGGCCUGGGCGGACAAGCUCAGGCGGAUGACAGGCGGCGACCCAGGUCAAAUGGAUUCGGCGUCUAUCUCGUGUAGAGGAUCGCGCGAUGCAGUGAAUGGCGCAACAGGCACACUACUCACUGUUCGCGGAAGGUUGCAUUGGAUUGGCGUGAUGAAAGAUUGGGGAUGGGAAGUGUUGCUUGGAUAA